GAAGUACUAUCCAUACGCAUAUUGUCGUAGGGGCAGCAUACUCAACUUAAGGACAAGUGCACUUGAGAGCGGCUUCGAAGCUUUGGAAGGGACCAACCGCCACUAUCGAUCCUUACGAUUACCUUUCUUCUGAUAAAUAAGAUGUUUGUUUAGUAUUUGGGCAAUAAUAUUGCUCCCAAACGGGUAGGCGUCUGUGAGAAGCGGGGAACAGUACCUAACUGGCCGCGCGACGAUAGUUGCUUAACAGGUAGCCACUGAGGGGGCCCUGUGCAAUAAAAGUACAAUAUGCCUUCGUUUCUUAUCUUCUUGGCGUAGCUUGCUGGGCAAAGGUUGUGGCGGAAGGGCAUGGGUGUCCUUACAGCCCUUCUCGCAAUCGCCUGGGGCUACUAUGGAUGGCGGACAGCGGCUAGGGCUCUUGCACUGGCAGCAAGCGCAGUGGUGUUCACUUUGCAAGCGGUGUGCGCACUUGGCCGCGCUGUCCACUUCUUGUCCCACCCGCCCGGCUCGUCGUGCUACUCCGGGCCUCCCACCUUCUGGCACCGCUGCUGGCGCCUCCUCACGCUGGGCCCCCUGCGCGCGCUGGCGGGCCCCGGGAGCUUCCUGCGGGGGUACCUGCUGCUGGUGGCGCCGGCGGCGGCGGUGGCGGCGGUGGCGCUGCUGUCGCUGGGGGCACGCAGCCGGGAGGUCAGGGAGCUGGCGGGGGCGCUGUGGCGGCGGAGGCGACCUGUUGCGGGUGUGGUGAUGGGUGCGGUUGCAGUAGCGCUGGCAGAAGACGCGGCUCGUGGCUUCCUGUUGAUGGGUCGCCUCUUCCUUGCGUGCCUGCGCGGCAGCAUCGCUCUGGGUCUAGGCUUCGCCGCAUUAUCUGUGGGGCUGUCGGAAGAUGCGGGGGGCCUCAGCGAGGACCAGGUUUUCGAUUGGAGCCGCGCCCUGGCCCUCCUUGCCACUGCCAUGACAGCCACAGCGGGCGGUGGCACGCUGUUGUGGCAGGCAGUGGCGGCAGCGGAAGCAAGGCCUGGGGCAGCGGGGGCUGCGGGGCCUGCGGGAAUAGAGGUAUGGAAGCCUGCAGAGGCUACUUGAGCCCGUAACUCAAAGGAGCCUUCCCUUGGCAUUCUCUUUUCUACAAUAUAACAGCCCCCGAACUAGCGUUCAGCAUUGACGCUCAAGCCAUGCUAUUUCGCAUCUGCCCCAACCACUGCCCCAACCUGCGACCCAUGGGUCACCUCACCUCCUCACCUCCUCAUCCCUCACCCCUCAACCCCUUACAACCUUCAUCACGACCACAGCCCGUCGACCGUCUCGCCUGCCUUCUGUACGGCUGCCUCAUGCUGCUAGCAGCCGCCUCCGCCGCCUCCGCUUACGUGGGCAGCGGCGGGCAGCUGCUGCGGCUGCUGCUGCUGCGGGCGCUGCGGCUGGUGGAUGCGGCACUACGGGUGGGGCCGCUGCUGCAACUGGCGGCGCAGGCAGCACGGCGGGUUGGCAGGCUGGCGGCUGUGCGGGCUGCUGUGAAGGUGUUUGAGAGUGCUGACCGCAUGCUAACGGACUCGGUGGAGGAGGGGUUACGAGGCACCCUGGCGGUGCUGGGGGGUGUGCGGGAGGCGGGCAGGGCGGCUAGUCGGGUGCUUGCGCCGCUGCUGCGAGGUCUGUACGAGGACGUGUUAUUGCCAUUGCGGCGGAAAGCGGUUGAAGGCAUCCGGACCGGCAUUGUGACUUCAAGGAGAGCCGCCGUGGCGACAUACAGACGCAGCAUCCUGCCAGCAGCCCGCGCCCUCCGUGCGGCCUUCAUCGCCGCAUACGCCUCGUUCCUCCGCCCCCUAGCUCUCAUGUUGGCAGCCCUGCUCAGGCGCUUUGUGGCGCCGGUGUUAUGGCCCGCGGGCGCCGUUGUAAGCCUGGCGUGGUUCGUACGGCAGGCGUUACUACAGCAUGCCGUACUGCCGUACGGUGCAGCUGCCUACGUGUCGGCGCUUGUAGUGGGGCUUAUGGCGGGCAAGGCCAUGCGGAAGACCGGUCAUGUCCGCAUCGCCCGCAUCGGGACCUCCCUGGAGUCCCUCGCGGCCGCCGCCUACCUGCACCUUGAUCCAGGGGUCAGUCGCGUCAUGCUGAAGGCGCUUCACCUCGCCUACGGCCUCGCAGCGCUAGCCGCCUUCUAUGCCUUAGCCACGGGACGCUGGGCGCUAGCGCUGCUGUCGGCCCCGUUUUUCGCAGCGCUUGGAUUCCUGAUAACAGUGCUGGAAUGGGUGCUCACGUUUGUCGUACAAGUGGUGGCGCCGACGGUUUCGGCGCUGCGCGACGCCGUGGUGGCGGUAUGGCGGCGGCCCGAGGCGUCAUUGGUGCUGUCGGUUGCGGUGUUGGUUGCGGCGUACGGCGCGCACGUGUAUGGAGCGCCGGCGGCUGUGUGGCGAGCGAGCGUAUGGCUCGUGGGUACGACAGGAACGCAGAUGGUGGGUUUCAUUACCGUGAAGGCAGGCGGUUCAUUCUUAUGGCAUUUUGAGCUGCAGCUAGAGACGCGUCUCUCGUGUCAGCCCUCUGUGCCCACCUCUCUCCCCAUUCCCCAUAACUCAACCCGUACUCCCAUCUUCCCCACUUCCCCUUUCUUCCACACUUCUUACCCAUCCUGCCAUGCAGUUCCGCCUGCUCCUCGCGCUGCUCCGGCCCCCACUUCACCUUCUCUCCGCCGCCGCCUCGCGUCUCGCGCCGCCGCUGUUUGGCCUUUCCGCGCACGCUGCCGGGGUCACCACCGCCGCCCUGGCGGGCUGGGGCGCCCGCGCCGGCUCCGAUCUGGGCUCCCUGUUCGCCUCCGUCAGCUUCAGCACCACCUUUGUGGGCCUGCAUGUGCUGCACGCGGGGCUGCUGCAGAGCUGGGCGCUGCCGGCGCUGGAGCGGCAGGGGCCCGCGGGCGCCGCGGCGGUUACGUCCGUGGUCAGCUUUGUGGCGCGCAGCACGUGCAAGGUUGCGCUGGGUCCGCUGUACCUGACUGCUGCCGCCAGCUGCCUGCUGCCGGGGCGGCUGGCGGGCGGGCGGGUGGCGCAGCUGGCGGCGGCGGGCACCCCGGCGCUGUGGCUGCUGUACCUUGGAGCGCUGUGGGUGGAGGGAGCUCGGCGUGUAACGUUAUCGUACGACACCAACGACAACUCCGAGUUCAGUCGUACACUUCGUGCGUUACGUGCCGCUCUUCCACGCCCGGUGCGUGCGGCAGCAACCGUUGCCACUGCCACCUCUGCCGCCGACGAGGCUCAGGUUGCGUCCGGCGGACUGGACCCCCAGGCGUCACGACUUCUGGCGGACCUCAAAGCGCAGGGCCCACCAAGCCACGCCUUCCCGACAGAUACCUGCGCCGUCUGCAUGGAGGAGCUCACCGUGAGCGCCACCGCAGCUGCAGGUGGAUCACAUGACUGCGGCACGGGUCCUAGUGGCGGUGGCCAGGGGGGCGGAAGUGGAGUUGAUGAGCGGAGAGUCGACUGUGGCCUGGACCCGGGGCAGGGCCAGGGGCAGGGACAAGAAGGAGUGGGGCAAUGGGCAGGCGAGGCUGGGGUUCUGGCGAAUGAGAUGCAGAUGUUGCGCUGUGGGCACGCUUAUCACCGGAGCUGUAUCCUUUUGUGGCUGAAGCGUAACCCGCGAUGUCCGGUGUGUCGUGAGCAGGCUGUGGGUCGCGGGCGCCAUUCGAACAUACUUUUUUAGGUGUCCGUUAGACGUUUACUGUAGUACAAGUGUGAAGGAACGUACGAGAGGAAGGACUAUUGUUUGGAUAGCAUUAUGGGGAAUACGGUUAAGCUGGCCAGGAGCUAGCGAGGUUCGCACGUGACUGCGGCUGUACAGGAGUCUUCGCUCAUGUCAAGCUAACGUGUAACGAAUCAAGCAA